AUGUUAAAAUAUAGUGAACCUCAUCGUUGGAUGUUGUUAGUUCAAGUGAAAUCUCAAAUAUGUCAAGAAUUUGCCCAAUAUGAUAAAUGUUCGACAAAUAAUGCAUGUGGUUGCUUUCAUAUGACAGAUGUUGGUAACAUUGGUAUGUGUGGCUUUCUCGAGAUAGAUUGUUCUCAAGUUAAGCCAUGCAAUUCUUCAAAUAAUGCAUGUAAUCUGUCUGACAGUAUCUGUGUUCGACAUCCUCGAUGUAAUGAUCUUCCACUUUGUUAUCCACUGUCGAUGAUUGAUCAACGAAUCUGUCCUUCGAUAAAAAAAUGGAUUAAUACUGGUAAAAUGAAUUAUGCACGAUAUAUGCAUAAAGCAUCUAUAUUAUCAAAUGGACAAGUAUUAAUUAUGGGUGGAAUUGGUGAUCGUGCAAUUGCUUUAAAGAGUGCUGAAUUGUAUGAUUCAUCAACAGGACUUUGGACAGUCACUCGUAAUAUGACUAAUGCAAGAUUUGGUCAUGCAGUAUCUUUGCUAAUAAAUGGAAAAGUACUAGUUACUGGCGGGAAUGGAAAUGGAUAUUAUUUAAAUACUGCUGAAUUGUAUGAUUCAUCAACAAAAACUUGGACAAUGACUGGUAAUAUGAGUUAUACGCGUUUUGGUCAUACAGCAUCUGUAUUAACAAAUGGAAAAGUACUGGUUACUGGGGGAGAUGGUCAUAGUCAAUAUUUGAAUACUGCUGAAUUAUAUGAUCCAUUAAAAGAAACAUGGACAAAUACAGGAAAUAUGAACUAUCCUCGAUAUCUUCAUACAGCAACUGUCUUACCAAAUGGAAAAGUGUUAGUUACUGGUGGAUGGAUGGGUGAUUAUUUAAAUAAUUCUGAAUUGUAUGAUCCAUUAACAGAAACAUGGACAAUCGCUGGUGUCAUAAAUAAUUCACUGUCUUAUCAUACAGCAUCCAUGUUGAAAAAUGGAAAAGUGUUAAUUAGUGGUGGAGUUGAUCCCAAAAGUAUUGCUUUAAAUAGUAGUGUAUUGUACGAUCCAUCAACAGGAAGUUGGACAGCUACUGGUAAUAUGAAUAAUGGACGAUGGGCUCAUACAGCAUCCGUAUUACCAAAUGGAGAAGUGUUGGUUACUGGAGGAUAUAAUGGUACUACUUUAAAUAGUGCUGAAUUGUAUAAUCCAUCAACAGGAACAUGGACAGUUAUAAAUAUUAUGAAUAAUCCACGAAGUAGUCAUACAGCAUUUGUAUUAACAAAUGGGAAAAUGUUAAUCGCUGGUGGAAUUGAUAAUAUGCCUUUGAACAGUGCAGAAUUAUAUUAA